UGAAUUUAAACAUUGCCAGACGGCAGGCAAACAUUGCUAAAAUCAAUGAAAAAAGAGUACCUGGUUAUAGGUGAGAUAUCCGGGUGCUAGGUGGCUCCAAGUUUGCUAAAUUGGCAAAUCUACGGAAAAAAGCUGCUAAGUGGCAGAUUUUGGUGUAUGGUGGCGUCAUAUUUGCCAAAUUUGGCACAUAAAUAGUGAUAUUGGUAAUAUUAAUACUACAGUGUAUGCGAUGCAAGGCGAGUGGGUUAUUCUGGUGUUGUGUGCGUUCCCCGUCAAAGCGGACAUUGCGACGACCGCGCCCGCGCCGACCACGCACGACGUCAACGCAAAGUGGCUCGAAGGCUUCCGUCGAAAUCUACUCCGCGAUAGCUACGACUACGGGCCCGCACCCGCCGUCCCGAGCAGUAGGGCCAGUUCAGCUAGAAGCAGACAGAAUGCUUCAGAGGACGCGGUCGCGUCGCGUGAGUUUGGCAUCUCUCGGCGGGAUCUGCGAGGACCGAAGCCUGAUCGAGACGUUAUUACUGAUGCUGAGCUAGACGGCCCAAACUCGCCACGAAGAGCUUUUCUAGAUAGUAUGUACGAGUUGGAAGAUCAGCUCAAACCCAUUUACCGUAUCCGGUCCAACAAGCAUAGUAGCAUUGAUCCUUUACAGGAAAGCAGAAAAAGGUGGAACCAACACAACACUGAGCAAGACAUACCGCGUUAUAUUGAAGAAAAUGGAAUAAAACGGUACAAAGUGCAUACGAACUCUAAAGAGAGGUAUCGAAAUAAAUUAGUUGAUGCCUUUCCAAGGCUAGCUGAAGAAUGGGGCAUUAUAAAUCCUCAAGAAGAAACGCAUGUAAGCGCUUCAGAGGGUGAAUAUAGACAACAUAAUAAUGAACGAAUUGAAGACAGGUAUCGAUAUGUAGAUAGAAUACCGUAUAACCAGGGUAAGUAUGAAAACAAGAGAAACGACAGACUUUCAAGAAAUGAGGAUGAAAAUAGCAGUUCUGAUGAAAGUGCUAGUUCGGAAACUCAAGAACGAGAUGUCUCGGAGAAUAAGCAGGAGAUACGCUCACGAUACGUGGUGGAUAGGAGGAGGAAUGCAGGAGGAGGGUACGGCGAGCGGUUCGCGGCGAGGCGGGAUGAGGAGCUGCUCGCGGAUGGGAUGUCCUCCUCGAGCAAACCUUGCAGUUGCCAGUCAGAACACUCCCUCGUGCCCGAGAUCUGAAGAAUUGAGAAGUUGAUUUUGUAUAAUUGUU